CAUGGAGGGGAGUGGGGCUUUUCUCUCUGGAGAUUAUUAGUGGUGCUAAAAGCAGGAAGACCACAGAGACCCAUCAGACCCUCAGGAGUCUCUACACAGUGACCUGCAGACAGAGAGGCGGAUAUACCUGUCAGUUUCUCGACAUGUUUGGAAAGUUUAAGGGGCUCUUCAGUGGCCCGCAGGUGCCGCAAGCUUCAGGGACCACCAGAGCGGUACCUAACCCAGCUCAAACACAGACUGCAGCUCCAGCACCAGAUGCAGCUCCGGCCAAGGAGGAGAAACCAGCCGAUAAGAAUGAGGACAAAAAAGAAGGAAGACCUCAGGCAGCGGCACCAGCAGCGGCCCCCGCCCCAGCAGCGACCCCAGCAGCAGCACCAGCAGCGACCCCAGCAGCGGCCCCAGCUAACUCUGGUGAACCUGGAGCUGAGGGACAGGAUGCUCCUCCUCCUCCUCCAAUCGUCAUCAACCAAUAUUCAGACGAGCAGCUCAGGGCGAUCGUGGUGAAGAUGAGAGAGAGGCUGCAGCUUUGUAGGGAGAAGGUGGUGGAUAAAUACGCAUCGUCUCCAGAGAUCAGCCCUCCUGUCACUCCUCUGCUCCCUAAAGACCACUACGCUAAAGUGGUGGAGGAGAGGAAGAGGCAGGCAGAAGAGGAUCGCAUAAAAAAGGAGGAGGCUGACAAGAAGAAGAAGGAGGAACAGGAGAAGAAGAAGAAGGAGGAUGAGCAGAAGAAAAAAGAGGAAGAGGAGAAGAAGAAAGCAGAGAGUAAGGAGGAGGAGAAGGAGGAGAAGGAGAAGAAGAGCCUGAAGAUUCGGUUUGAAGAGGCUGCAUGGUCCUCAAUAGACCUGGUCCUGAAGCCGGUGGAGGACCAGAUGGACUCGGUGCUGGGGACCACCAUCGACCCGUUCACAGACCGCCGUUACAUAGCCUGGCUCAGCCUGGUCACUCUGGCCUUCAACUACAACACGUGGUUCAUGACGGCCCGCCUCUGCUUCCCCUACCACACCCAGACCAGCAUCCCGUUCUGGUUUGCUCUGGAUCUACUUGCAGACCUGAUCUACCUCACAGACUCCAUCUUGUUCCAGGCCAGGAAACAGUUUGUCAAAGGAGGAGACAUCAUCAAAGACCGAGUGAUGACCAAGAAAAACUACAGAGACUCCGACAGAUUCACGAUGGACAUGGUGUCCCUCAUCCCCUUCGACCUGCUCUACUUACAGUUUGGCUUUAAAUCCAUCUUCAGAGCCAAUCGUCUGCUCAAGGCAGACACGUUCUUUGAGUUCAGUGACCGUCUGGAGAGCAUCAUGACCAAAGCUUACAUCUGGAGAGUGAUCCGGACCAUCGGAUACCUGCUCUUUAUGCUCCACAUCAACGCCUGCUUCUACUACGUGGCCUCAGACUAUCAGGGCAUCGGGUUGACCAAAUGGGUCUAUUCGGGCCUGGGCAGCGCGUACCUGCGUUGUUACUACUUCGCUGUCCGCAGUCUGAUCAACAUCGGGGGUCUACCUGAACCUCACACCGUCUUUGAGAUCUCCUUUCAGAUGACUAACUUUUUCACGGGCGUCUUUGUGUUCUCCAGUUUGAUUGGACAGAUGAGGGACGUCAUCGGAGCAGCCACGGCAGGUCAGACCUAUUUCAGGUCCUCCAUGGACAACACCGUGUCCUACAUGGUCAACAAUCGCAUCCCCUCUCAGGUCCAGAACCGAGUCCGCACCUGGUACACCUACACCUGGGACGCUCAGGGCAUGCUGGACGAGUCUGAGCUGCUGGAUAAGAUGCCGCUGGUGAUGAAAACUGCCAUCGCUGUGGACAUCAACCUCUCCACCUUCCAGAAGAUCGAUCUGUUCAAGGGCUGUGACCAGCAGAUGUUGGUGGACAUGUUGCUGAGACUCAAAUCUAUCAUCUAUCUACCCGGAGACUUUGUGGUCAAGAAGGGAGACAUUGGUAAAGAGAUGUACAUCAUAAAGGGCGGGGCGGUGCAGGUGGUGGGAGGACCUGACAACAGCAUCGUGUUCGUCACGCUGAAGGCCGGCUGUGUGUUCGGAGAGAUCAGUCUAUUGCAGUCGUCCAAAGACGGAGGAAACAGGCGAACGGCGAACGUAAAAGCUUACGGCUUCGCUAACCUCUUCGUCCUGGAGAAGAAGGACCUGUUUGACAUCCUGGUCCACUACCCCGAGUCUCAGAAAGUUCUGGCCAGGAAGGGACGGAAGCUAAUGAAGGCCAAGGGUCCUGCAGCCGCUAAAGCAGAUGAAGAUAAGAAGAAAGGACUCGCUCUGUUUGGACCCAAACCUCCAACGCCCAAACUGCUGCGAGCAUUCGGAGGAAAUUUUAACAAAGGACUUAUCGAGAAAAUGAAGAGUACCGCUGCCGGCCAGUGAGGACUGUGAGGAGAAUCACUUUAUGACUCCUUUUUGGGAGUCAGUGUUUGAUUUGA